AUGUCAGAAGAGCUGGAUAUAGACGAUCUCAGGCUGAAGGGAUCGCCCCCUUCGCUCGAGAUCAUGAAGUUGCUAGUCUUGCCGACGUUCAACGGAGAAGGGGAUCCCCGAGAUCAUACUUCCAUAUUCACAGCCACCAUGGGGCUACUCAGCAUAUCAGACGCUAUUCUAUGCAGGGUAUUCCCAACCACACUCACUGGUACCGCCCAAAGGUGGUACAAAAAAUUGAAACCAGGAUCCAUCAAAAGCUUCGCAUCGCUAUCGACAGAAUUCCUCAAAAGAUAUCUCACAAACAUACUAGCAAAAACAACCACAAGCAUCCUAAGAUCAUGCAUUCAAGAAGAAGGAGAAACCUUAAGAAGCUAUUUCGAACGAUUCAAUAAGCAAGAUAUGAAGAUCGAUAACCUGAACGUUGACAUGGCAACCGAAUCAUUGCGAGAAGGAACACGAUUCGGAAAACUAGUAGACAAGCUGCUGGUCAAUAAACCCACGACUUUCUCGAAUCUGAUCGGCAUAGCCCAAAAAUACUUUAAGCUAGACGAGGGCCGAAAGGCGAUUCGUAGGAAAGAAGCAAAGGGAAAAGAGUCGAAAGAGAAAUCCAAAGAGAAGCCGAAGUCAAAAUCCGAAGAUAGAAGAGGAAGGCCAGAAGAAAAAAACGUCAAAAUUGUAGUAUGGCCACCGAAGAUGAAAGCCGAAAUAAGGGACACGAGAAAGUACUACAAAUUCCACGAAGACUUCAGACAUGAAACAGACAGCUGCAUAGAUUUGAAAGUCGAAAUUGAAAGAAUGAUCGACACAGGAGAACUAAGGAAAUUUGUGGCCCACAAAGCAAAAAACAAUGACAAGGGAGAAAAGAGAAGCAGAGAUGACAAAGCCAAAGAAAAAGAAGACGAACGCCCAUCCAAAAUAUUGGGAACCAUACGCAUGAUCAAUGGAGGUGGACACAUCAGCUCAACAAUUAGAAGAAAGCAAAGGAGAGAGGUGAUGAACAUCAGAGAAACCCACAUGCCACCUGUAAUCUUCGAUGUUGAAGAUUAUGAACACGUGAAAGCACCCCAUAAUGAUGCCUUGGUAGUAACUACUAUCAUUGAGAAUUGGAACAUGGAGCGAAUCCUAAUCGAUGAAGGAACCGCAGUGAAUCUCAUGACAAACGCAGCAUACAAAAUGCUCGGAGGAACCGCGUCAAGGCUGCGCCGAGUCCCGAUCCCACUAUCAGGACUCGGUGGCCCCUACAUCAAUCCGUUAGGAGCAGUCACCUUGGAAGUAAUAAUCGGUCCGGAGAGAGGAAUCAACAAAAAGGUUAUGUCACUGUUUAACAUAGUUGACAUGGAGCUAACAUACAACGCUAUCCUCGGAAGACCUUUCCUUCAUGACUCAGCUGGAGUAACUAGCAUAAGAGCAUUGGCGAUGAAAAUACCAACCGAGAAAGGAGUAGUGACGCUGAGAGGAGAUCAGAAUAUAGCUAAGAAAUGCUACGACGAGUCCGUGGUGGACCUCCAAGAAAACAAGACCGAGAAGAAGGAAAAAUAG